AUGUUGGCCAGAUGCUGCUUCCUGCUGUUCCUCUCUGUGGCCACCAGGGGGCAAAGCUCAGCUACAGGCUUGGAGGGUGACUGGAUUGCAGAGGAUGAGAGCUGCCCCACACUACUGACUUCUCCCCAUCGGAGCUGCAAGGAAAUCAAACAGCGCUGCUCUAGAGCAGGGAAUGGCAUGUAUACCCUACGCACUAAGCAAGGGACUACCUACCAGACCUUCUGUGACAUGACCACAGAUGGUGGUGGCUGGACACUAGUGGCCAGUGUGCACGAGAAUCACAUGGCUGGGAAGUGCACGGUGGGCGACCGCUGGAGCAGCCAGCAGGGCAACCGGGCUGACGACCCCGAGGGGGAUGGCAACUGGGCCAACUACAACACGUUUGGGUCUGCAGAGGGGGCCACCAGUGAUGAUUACAAGAACCCUGGCUACUUCGACAUCCAGGCUGAGAACCUGGGCAUCUGGCAGGUCCCCAACAAGACCCCAGUGGAGAGCUGGAGGAGCAAAGCCCUGCUGAGGUACCGCACCACCUCAGGAUUUUUCCAGACCUCGGGAAACAAUCUGUUUGGCCUUUACCGGAAAUACCCAGUGAAGUAUGGACUAGGCAAGUGCUGGAGUGACAAUGGCCCUGCUAUUCCUGUCACCUACGACUAUGGCAGUGCACAGACCACCGCCUCCUAUUACUCUCCAGAUGGACGCAGGGAGUUUGUGGCUGGAUUUGUCCAGUUCCGGGUGUUUAAUAAUGAGAGAGCAGCCAACGCCCUGUGUCCUGGGAUGAGAGUCACUGGCUGCAACACAGAGCACCACUGCAUCGGUGGAGGAGGCUACUUCCCAGAGGCCAGUCCCAAGCAGUGUGGGGACUUCUCUUCCUGGGAUUGGAGUGGAUACGGGACUCAUAAAGGAUCCAGCAACAGCCGGAAAAUAACUCAGGCAGCUGUGCUCCUAUUCUACCGUUGAGAACACAGCUGGAGACCCGGACUCUUUCCUCACUUAGAUCCUCGGAGAUAAAAGGAAAAAAAAAAAAAAAAGAGUGGCUCAGGAGGUGGUGCAGUGGAUAAGGCUUUGGACUCUCAAAUAUAAAGUCUAGAGUUCAAUUCCCCGAAGCACAUGUACCAGG